AUGUCUCGAAGGCGCGAUCACACAUCGAUUCGGAGAGAUGAAUAUCACCUAUACCACAACUCGCCCGAGUCUAUGGGAUAUCCCAGCCACUAUCAAUCGCACCAUCAAAGCGGAGACCAGGACCCCAGAACGACUUGGAACGAUCGAGCGUUUAAUCCAACACCUUCGUAUGCGGACGAUCGACUGCAAAAUCAGUCGCGCGAAUAUUCUAGCAUGAGUGCUUGGUCUUCAACAAGACCGAACCAAAACAAUCCUUUCUCGGCAGGAUCAGGGUUUCCAGAGCCGCAAAGCCAGUACGCAGGGGAUGAACCCAAUACGUAUGCACACCAGUCCUACCAGACGACCGCUUAUUUCGGGUAUGGUGGCUAUACAGCAGCUGCUACGCAGUUAGCACCACCAGCAAACCACCUGCAGAGCACCAUUCCAAGGAGUGACAUUAUCCAUAACAAUGAAAACGCCCCUAUCCACAGCGAACUCGCUCCCAUAGCCCAUGGCAUAAAUCAAGCCGCGUCGCAAGGUCGGAACCAUUUAAUGAAUUCAAGAGGAUCCCACUGGAUUUCAAGCCCAGGGCACAACGAGGUGUUCUUAGUUGUCUGGCAUGAAACCGCUGGUAGUACUGCCAGCACAGCAUCUUCGUCUUCGACCUUCACGACGUUGUUCCACGAAAAGGCCUACUGCACUAUCCGUCGGAUGGUUGUGAUUAAACAAAACAAGGAUUCCUGUUUAUGCGUACCAGUCCAUACGUACCAAAAACGAGGGGCUUCCAAGCCAGGGAUCAGGAAAGAUGCACAUGUGUUGAUUCACAUGCGAGGUACCGACCCGACUGAAAAGCAAAACAAGUAUGGGCUCAUGAAACGACCGUUGAUGGUUGAUCCUGCCGCCCUGACGGAACGGUUGGAUUCGUCUUCCGUCGUGCAUCUGGAUAAAAUCCACACCGUUGAGUAUAAUAUCAAAGUCAAGGCAGUAGGCUUCAUUAGUCCGGAGUCAAUGGGAGAUUUGAAGCAAUAUGUGAAGAACAUUCUUGACUGGUAA